UAAUGUCUGUUAUUGGUAAGAUAAUUAUUACUGAUCACUGAACUUUACAUUCAAAAAUUCAAAUUCUUUACCUAAUCACAUGAUUUUUAAGAGAAAACCCUUUGCUUUGACAUGCAACUCGUCUAAGCAAACAGAUUUGCUAAAAUAUAAACCUAUUCUGACAGUUCAUUUUAACAGUGUAGUUUGGUUAGGACUAGUAGCCAGAUAAAUAAAAAUGUAAAAACUGCAGCAAUGAAGUAGUCCUGCAGUUUCCCUCCUGUUUCUAAACAUUGAACUCUGUUAAUAAUUGCUCUCUUUAGCUACUUUACAGCUACUGCAACACCGUCACAGUCAGUGAAUGGAAACAUAACUAUUUCCAGUAGCCCUUGAGAGAAUCAGUUGCAUAUCCAACUUAAAAAAAAAAAAAAAAAAAAGCAUUUUCCUAUUUUAUCUGGAUUCCUGCAGCACUGACGAACAUUCAGCGGCCUAUAAAGGAUUGCAUGAAAGUUGUGGCCAUCUCUGAGGAGCUGCUCGGGCUGAGCCAGAGACUCCGCCCCUUUACGAGCAUCAGGACACCUUCAGCACAACAAAGCAUGUGUCGCUGCGAAACAUUGUUACUCCCCUGAACGUGCGGAAUAUAUCACGGAAAUUAUCCGAUAUUUUUUGGUGUCUUUUCGUCACCAUUGAUGCUAAACUCAGAGUAGUGGCUACCAUGACAACAGAGGCGAGUGCUGUGAACGAGGCCGACACUGAAGGCAAGCAGAAGAGCAGCCGCGCUCCGCCAGAACCCGAACCUGUGCAGCAAGAGGCGACCACAUCUGAGCAGGAGGGGGAGCAGUCGAGCAACAAGGCCCAGGAGCAGGCUGGUGAGCCUGGGCCUGCGGAGGUAGCUACCUCCCCUGAGGAGGAGCAGUUGAAACCUCGUACCAGGACCUCUGCUGGCAAGGGCCUCUCACGCCUCUUCUCCUCCUUCCUAAAACGGCGCUCUCAGGGUUCGGAGGGCGAGGGCUUUGAGGCUGAGAAAGCCAGCGACGAAAAGGCGGACCAAGAGAAAGUCGACAAUCCAGAAGAGGAAAAAGUAGAAGAGGUGAAGAGUGAGGACAAGGAGUCUAAAGCAGUGGAGGAAAAACCAGAAGCCAAAGAAAUUAAAAAGAAAGAUGAAGAGAAAAUAGAAGAAAAAGAAGAGAAGAAGAAAAUAGAAGAAAAAGUUGAGAAAAAGGGGAGUAAAAAGAAAAAGAAAGAAGCGAAGAAGAAAGCAGAGGAAAAGAAUGAAGGCAAAGUGAAAAAGGACGAGACAAAAAAAGAAGACGUAAAGUCAGAAAAUAAAGAGGAGCAAAAGGAGGAAAAGGUGAAGACAACUGUAGAAAAGGAGGAGGCAAAACCAGAGAAAAAAGAAGAAGAAAAGAAGCAGACCACUGAGGGUAAAGAAGAAGGGGUAGAGGCUGGAAAGAAAGAAGAAGGAAAGGUAGACAAGAAGGACGCAAAGAAAAAAGAAAAGGAGAACAAGCUGAAGAAAAGGGAAGAGGAAAAAGCAAAAAGAAAAGCAGAGGAAGAAGAGAGGAUAAAAAAGAGAGAAGAGGAGAAAGCAAAGAAACGAGAAGAAGAAAAAGCCAGAGAAGCCGAAAAACUAAAAAAGAAAGAGGAGGAAAAGGUUAAAAAGAGGGAGGAGGAAAAGGCUAAGGAGGAAAAAACAAAAAAGAAGGAAGAGGAAAAAACUAAAGAAGACAAGACAAAAAAGGAGGAGAAAGCUAAAGAGGAGAAACAAGAGGAAAAGAUAAAACGACUGGAAAAGACAGAUAUAGAGGAGAAAAAGACUGAAGACAAGCACCAGGAAGAGGAAAAGGGAAAGAAAAAGGAGAAGGGGAAGAGCAUAGGAAAGAAGGAAGACAAGGAGGAGAACAAACCAAGUGUGGAACAAGUGAAAGCACCUAUUGCCGCUCCAGAGCCAGAACUAAAAAUUGAGCCGGACACUGAACCUGAACCGGCUGCAGAUCAACAGUCAGUAAGCAGCACUGAGACUCAGCCUGCUCCAGAGGUGCAAAAGGAAGAAUCAGAGAUACAGAAAGAGCCUGAAGAAGAAGUGCAAAAGGAGGGCACAGAAAAAAAGGAGCAUCCAGCACAACAGGAGGUGACCAAAGGAGAAGAAAAAACAGCGAAGCAGAUAAAGAAGGAGAAACGUAAAGAAAAGAAGACAGAAAAAAAGACAGAAAAGAAGAUAGAGGAAACUAAAGGCUCCAAACGUCCAAAAACCAUGCAGUGCAAAGUCACCUUACUGGAUGACACUCUGUUUGAGUGUGAACUUGAUAAACAUGCUAAAGGUCAGGAGCUUUUAACUAAAGUGUGUGACCAUGCCAACCUGCUGGAGAAGGAUUACUUCGGGCUGGCCAUCUGGGAAAACUCAGUCAGCAAGACCUGGUUGGAACCUUUUAAAGAGAUCCGGAAACAGGUUUCGGGUGGCAUCUAUGAGUUUACAUUUAAUGUGAAGUUCUACCCUCCUGAUCCAGCACAGCUUAUGGAAGACCUCACUAGGUACUUCCUGUGUCUCCAGCUCAGGAACGACAUUAUGCAUGGUGUUCUUCCUUGUUCCUUUGUCACGCUGUCCCUGCUGGGCUCCUACACAGCCCAGUCAGAGCUGGGAGAAUAUGACCCAGAGCUUCAUGGGACAGAUUACGUAAAAGAUCUGAGCCUGGCACCCGGACAAAGCAAGGAACUGGAGGAAAAAGUGAUGGAGCUGCACCGCACCUACAGGUCAAUGAAUCCAGCCCAAGCAGAUCUGCUGUUUCUGGAAAAUGCCAAGAAACUUGCAAUGUAUGGAGUUGACCUGCAUCAAGCCAAGGAUCUCGAUGGCGUUGACAUCACACUGGGUGUUUGCUCCAGCGGUCUGAUGGUCUAUAAGGACAAACUGAGGAUCAAUCGUUUCCCUUGGGCCAAAGUGCUCAAAAUCUCCUACAAGCGGAGCAGCUUCUUUAUCAAAAUCAGAGCGUCAGAGCAAGAGCAGUAUGAGAGCACCAUCGGCUUCAAGCUACCCAACUACAAGGCCUCAAAGAAGCUUUGGAAAGUUUGCGUUGAGCAUCACACUUUCUUCAGGGUUUCAUCAGUGGAGCCUCCAUCGUCCCGUCGUUUCCUUGUCUUGGGUUCCAAGUUCCGGUACAGCGGCCGUACUCAAGCCCAAACCCGGCAGGCAAGCUCCAUGAUCGACCGCCCUGCCCCUCGCUUCACACGCUCUGCGAGCAAGAGGCUGUCACGUAACUUAGAAGGAGCCAGAAGGAAGUCUGAGCAGAUUUUCACCCAGUCCUGGGAGGAAGGACAGUCUGUUCAAACACUCACAAUAAACUGGAAGAGCACUCAUACAGCAGACGGCGGCUCUCAAAUUAUCAGUGAACAGCAGCAGGAGAGGAUAAAGGAAGGCGAGUGGUCUGACCUUCUGUAUCGUCAACCUUCUGUAGCUGCUGUCCAGACUUUUGAUUUUGUGAAACAACAAGCCAAACCCAGCUUGGAAUAUUCCUCCUCUGCGGACGUUCAAUAUCAACCCGCACCAUCAAGGCAGGAUGACUGGUUCCUGUACUUUGACCGAUUCUUCAGUUUAUCCGAGUCUGAAGAAAAGAUUCUGUCCUCUAGUAAAACCCAGUCCCAGAUCCUUGUGGAGGAGCUUGUCUCGUCAGUGGCCGAACAGGAAGAGACUACUGAGCAAGUCAUUGAAAGUCUGCACAAAUCUGUGACCUUGAUAGAUGCAUUGGCAGAGAUUGAAGAUCUGGAAGAGAAACUGAGGAAAGUGAGGGACUUGGAGGAAAGGCUGCAAGAAGCGGGUGAGGUGACAGAGAGGAUUCAGAGGGUGAUUGAAGAGGAAUUGGGGCAGGAAGAGGUCGAAAGGUUAAGAGCAGAGGAGGGUGAUUUAGAGCAGGUGGUUUUACAGACAUUUUUAAAGAGGAUGGAGACAGACAAGGAUGAUGUGGAUGAACUGGAAGAAGAAAUAAAGCAGGUGUUUUUAAAAGGUCUGGUGCCCGAAGAGGAAAACAAGCUGAAUCAGUUAGAUAAUAGUUUGAGGGCAAAGCUACGGGAGAUAGAAAAGGAAUGGCAGGAAGAAAUACGGGAAAAGUUCGUCUCUGCGGGUCUAUCUGGGACCACUUCUGUUGUGACUCUGCAGAAAGUUGAGCACUGGGGUGGGAAGAGGACGAUGAUUGUGGACGAGACGGGAGAGUCAGGUCAGAUGUUAGAAAAACAGACUCAGAGAGAGUUUACAGAGAGGCUUCAUUACGGGACUCCAGCUCAGGUGGAAUAUGAGGAUGAGUGGUACACACUUCUUUACCGCCCUCCGCACCAAGCAGUUUUCAUUCCAUCAGUGGCGGCUGAGGAUGAGAGCAAGUAUUUCAGCUCAGUGAAGAAGAGACAGGUAGGAGAAGAGGAGAUUCGGGACCUACCAGAGAUCCUGCAACAACAGUCACUCAUGGAAAGGGUGGAUGACUGGUUUGUGUUACUGGUUGGGACUCCAAGAGAAACCUCUUAUAUAGAAGCAGUAACAAUGAAUGGAUUCCAAUUGGAUGAAGACAGGUUUGUCUCUGAGGUUGACGUUUCAGAGGUUUACAAGGUAGAAGUUGAAGAGAGACAGAUGGCGCAAGAGACUCCAGGAGAAGCUUAUAUAGAACCAGUAACAUUAAAGGAAGCCCAGAUGGAUGAAGGAAGGCUUGUAGCUGAAGUUUCAGAAGAUUACAAGGUAGUAGUUGAAGAGAGACUGAUGUUACAAGAGGCUCCAAGACAUCUUGAAGAAAUCCAGCCAGUAACUGAGAGGGAUGAUGACUGGUUUGUGUCACUGGAUGCUCCUUCUAGACAAACUACACAUGUAAAACCAGUUGAAGUGAGUCUAGCAGGAGGUGUCUCCAAGUCCCAGAUGGAAGUUGUCCCAGCUAUCUCAGCUGUUGAUCUGGGAAAAAAAAGAGUGGAGAUUUUUGUCGAGGAUACAGAAAUAAAACAAAUGCCAAGACAGGGGGGAGAUGACUGGUCUGUGUUGCUUGAUCUUCCAGAUAGGGGAACAUCCUUUAUGCAACCAGCUUCGAAGGCCGAGUAUGUUCAGUUUCUUCACAAAGAAAGCAUGCCAACUGUGACUGUGCCUGAGCCAGUAGAGAAGAGGAGGGAGGUCAUAGUUAAGGAGAUUGUGAUUCAGAAACAGGACGAGAAGCUUCCAGAGCAGAAAAUAUUGCAUCCAGUGAGCAACCAAGAUGAUGAUUGGUAUCUGCUGCUGGACAUACUUCCCAAAGUGGAGUCUUAUGUACCUCCAGUUUUUGUGCCAAACCCCACUGAAGUCAGUCCAAGUGUUCCAGCUGAAACAAAAUGUGUAGAGCAGAGGUUGUAUCCAAUUAGUCCACAGCUUUUCCAGCCUCUGCCAGAGAGAGAUGAUGACUGGUGCAUUCUGUUUGACACUGUUGGUGAUAAGCCAGUUAUCAUGCCUGCAGUUGCUGAGGUUCAGAGGGUUGUUGAAACACCCAUACCCAUUGAACCGAAACCAAAAUCCAUCGUGGAGGGUUUGAGGGCACCUGCUGUGACUUUGGCUAACCUGCCACAACCAAGACAUGUGGAUGAUGAUUGGUUUGAGCUGCUAGAUGUGGCAGUGAAAGUAUCAGUGGCUGUGGAGCAAUGUGAUCUUGUUCCCGAAGUGAGAAAGGCUAAAAAGGUUAUACUCACAGAGCAGAGAACACAGCAGAGGGUUACUAUAGUGGAUGAGACUUGGCAGCAGAAGGAAGUGGGGAAGGAACGUCCACUGCAAAUAGAAGCAGACGAUGAUUGGUUUGUUCUUCUGGAUUUGGCUCCAAAGACAUCAGUCGCUGCCCCUGAACGUCCCAGGUUACCAUCAGAGGUCAGAGCUCCAGCUGUUGUGGCCGCAACAAGGAUUGAAAUUCCUGAGAAGAAGCCACAGUUUGCGCUGCGGAUCCAGGAAGAAAGGCGCCCAGUCUUGCAUACACAUGUCACUGAUGAUUGGUUUGUCCUGCUGGAUUUUGACAGGAAGGAGUCAGUUGUGAGCACACAGAGGGGGACACGUCCUGUCAGUGCUCCAGUAUUCUCCCAGGCUGCUCUAGCAGAGGCAGGGAUCCCCAUGGCCCCCUUCGACCAGCCCCAGACCUCCACUCCCAUAAAGACCAGCCGCCUGGAAGAGAGGAAGCUGGAGGUCACAGUGGAAGCAACAGAGCCCUCAAAAAUCGAGGCAUUGUCUGAGGUCAAGCCAGCAGUGCGGAGGGAGCAGAGAGAAGUAGACUCUUCACUGAUAUCCACCAUCAAUGGGGACAUUCAGCACGAGUCUGAGACUGAGAAGACAAACGUGGAGGGGUUGCAAAUGCGAAAGAAAAGAGCUAAGAAAAUUGAGGGUGACUCAAUUUAUAUCAGACAUAGCGUGUUAAUGCUGGAGGAGUUCGAUAAGCCUCAGGAGGAGCUGCUCAGGCACCACGCCAGCAUCAGUGAGCUGAAGAGGAACUUCAUGGAGGCCGUGCCGGAGACAAGGCAGAGUGAAUGGGACAAGCGUCUGUCCACGCACUCUCCGUUCCGCACCCUGGGCAUCAAUGGCGAGCCUCUGCACAGUGCAGAUGGGAGUGUGUGCAUUAGUCCCCGUUGCAAAGGUUCUGAAAAAAAACCUCUUCAUGUGGAAACCAGCAGUAAUUUCGGGGAGUCAGAGGUAUCUGGACCCUCUGAGAGCCAUCAGAGUGAGCCUGAUGGUGUCGAAGCCCUCAGCGCUCCCGUUGAAGAGGAGUCGUGCAAUCAUGAGGAGGUUGUGGUUUUUGAGACUCUCUUGGUGCCACUCGUAGAUGUGGAAAUGGCACAGCUGGCUCCUCCAGUUGAAUCCUCCUGUAGAGCUUUAGAUGAGAUCCAGGAGGAAGAAGGAACAUGUCCCGUAGCAUCUGAGUCCUCUGGUGGAAUAGUUGGACCUUCCCCAGCUUACCAUUUCUGGAGCGAUGGUCCGCAGAUCAUACGCUGCUUCCAGCCCCCUCUGGUGCAGACCCAGACUGUCACCAUCACAGCCGUUUCCAACUCCCUCCCAGGUGACAUCUCCACCACAGAGGUCCCCAUCCUCCAGACCAAGACCUUCACCUAUGAGUCUUCAAAGAUGACCGAUGAAGGUACAGAUGAGGAAAAAGAGAGCUCUUUAUCCACUUCCAAGACCAUUACCUCCGAGACGUCCACCGGCACCACUAUCACUACCACUACCACCCACAUCUCAAAGGUGGUAAAAAGUGGAUCCUCAGAGACCCGUGUGGAGAAAAGAAUUGUCAUAACAGCAGACUCUGACGUUGGUCAAGAAAAGGAGAAACAUGGCGGAGCAUCAGCAUUGUAACAGAGUCCUCCCUCGACCCUUUGACUCACCACCUCCAACAUCCUUUAGACUGCGACACUCAUCAUAUACACAGUGACCAAGUCUGUUUGCGCACAAAAGAAAGACCCCAGAAAUCUGCAUCUGAAAGGACUGACAACUGAGUAGACUGUUUCUUGUAGAUCCUGUUUUUGUAGUUGAGCUCUUCACUGUAGGUAGGGGCUGCUGAUCGCAUGCUUCAAAUAUCAUCCUGGUGUUUAGUGAACACUUUUGAUUGGUUAAAAACCAGCCUUUUUUCAGUUGAGUGAUCUCAGUUAUGUUUGCUCUGAAAUGCUUUUGUUGUCUCAUAGUGGUUUUCUACAGAUGUAGAGCUUCAGGUAAAAAAAACCAGCGAUAAUUAGUGAUGAUUAACAGUAAUGCCCUUGGUGCUACUCGGGGAAAACGUUAAGACGACAUUCAAGUGAACUCUUAUUUUUGUUGUUGUUUACUUGUCUUAUUAAAUUCAGGAGAGAUGUUUUUAUUAUUAUUAUUACUAUUAUUAAAAUGACAUACCUCACAUUUAAAACGUCAACAAAGAUAUAUUCUGUGCUCAAAUUUCGGCAUUAUUCGCUGCUCAGGUACAAAAAGCAAGGUCCUAAAUCUUUGCUUCCCCGAACCAGCAUGGAACCAGUAGCCUACAUGUUCUUGUAAAGUUUGAACUAAAAAUUGAUCUAUUUUCUAAUAUUUCUCUAUUUUAUAAAAAUAUGCUUUUUAUAGUAUUUGUAAAAACGUUUUAAGUUGUUCAUAUCCAUCUGCUCAUUCGAUUUCUAGGUGACCAGCUGAAUCAACCUGAAUCAUUCUUAUUGGUUUCCUCUUGUAGUCCACCGAGUUUACCAAACUUUUCAUCCAUUUACAAAGAAGCGCUCCCCAUAAGCCAUGUUUCACUCAUUAUCAUAAAAGUCAGAAUUACUUUUUACAUGCAGUGGCUUCUGUAAUAUGUAAACACAUCCCUGAAAUGCCAGGUUUUUGUCAUGCUAUAAAAAACUUGGACUUUCAAAACGUUUUUCCACACAUGAUGUGAAAUUGAUUCUGCAAAAUUCAACUGAAAGGCACAUUUUUAAAAAGGGAAACAAUAUGAAAAAUAAAAAGGCUGCAACAAGCUCUUUGAGUAAGUGUGCACAAACUUACCUGUUGAUUCAAUUUCUGUCUCGAUUUUCUACUCUGUUAUUACUCAGUAAUAUGUGCACACUUCACCUUGCAAACGUCUUAAUAUGUAUCAGAUUGGGAGGACAUCUCUUGUCCACUGGCAUCCUUAGGUGACCCCAUAGAUCUUCUGUCAGAUUUAGUUUUGAACUCGUUACUUUGAAUGAAGCCAUUGUUUUGUUGAUUUUGACGUAUGCUUUGAAUCACAGCGAUGCUGAAAAAAAAAAGGUUCAUCUAAAGGUUUUGGGUCAGUACUGACUGGUAUAUAGAACCGUUCAUGUUUUUAUCCAACUUGAGACAAAAACAAGCCCUGUUUAUUGUCGAUCAAACAAACCUGCAGCAUCUGGUCGGUAGGUGGCGCCCAAGGUUCAGAUCCCAACCAUCCUUUCUGAACCUGUUCUGUUCGGAAAAAACUAUCCAAGGUUGUAGAUGUAUAACCAGUCCUGUGUCAGCUCACUUCUGCACCGCACGCCCAUUGAUGGACGAGACGCACUGCGAAGCUCCCGAGGUGUUUUCCCCAUUAGUCUGGACAUAUUAGGAUCAAAUCAAAUAUCCAUUAACAAAACUCCCUACAGCUCCUUCAGGUUGCUGUCAGCCUCCCUAACCAAUUUCUUCCACAUCCUUUCGUCAGUUUUAGCAAAAUGUCCAGUUUUUGUCAAGCCGCUGUUGUCCCAUAUUUUCUUUACAGUGCCAUGGUGUAUAUAUGAAAUGGGGAUCUUUUAUUUUUGCCUUUAGAUCCUUUGCUAAAUCUGCAAAGUUUAGCUCAAGCUAAACAAAGCAAAAAUCAGUAAGAUCCUGCUAAGGCAGCUGUAAGUCAGAUUUACUCAAAUUGAUGGCAGGUAUAAACUUAAGACUGACUGCUUAUGCUUAAACUGAAUCAAAAGGUGCUUUAACAGAGCACCAGUGUGCACAUUUAUCCAACCAUUGCAGCUGUUUUAUUUUUUUACAUUUUUACAAAUUAUGAAGGAUAUAUGUGACAUUAUGUGUGGAUACAGGUUUCUCACAAAAACCUGGCAAUUUAAUAGGGGUGUGUACAUUAUUGAGAGGCACUUUAUUUGUUCAAUACAUUUUUCUCACUUUGGUCGACUUAUCUCAGGUUUUGAUGUUCUACGUAUGACCACAGACCUCCUUAUUGUAUGAGUUAUUGCCAUCAGUAUAUAUCCAUGUCUGUUGUAAAUGUACAUUCAUGUUGAGUCAAGUGAGGUCAAUGAAAAUGAAAACUUGUCUGUCAUUAUUACCACACAUGUAAAAGAUGAAGGCAGCUGCCAGAGUUCAUGUGGCUUUUUUUUUCCUCUCACAGGAGCACAGAUUGUCUUUUUUAUGUUCUGCUAUACAGUAAUUUAUUUGUAAAGUCGGAACCGUUUCAUGUAAUUUUUGAUGUAUUGUGGUGUUUUAACAAGCUUUGAGGCUUCAGGUAGAUGUCGUUGUUGCAUUCAUUAUCAGACAAGUUUGUAACGCCUUUCUAACCACAUAGUUUUGAGUAGAUUUGCACUCGCUGUUUUCUUGUGCUUUUUCUAUAGAGAGGAACGUUUUGACUAACGUUUAGAGAACCUGCUUACUAAUAUUUCCUUUUUUUGUCCUAAAUUCCAAACAGAAUCUGUUAUUAUAGCUCCAUUCAUUUAAAACAAAAAGAAAAAAACACAAUUGUGUCCAGGAUGGAAAGUAGUAUUUCAUAUUAAGCAAAAGUAGGUUUUAGACAAAGAAACUAUUGUUGCUUUGUGAAUUCUGUCUUUUUAUGAAGAAAAUAAAAUAUGCAUUCACUUGCA